CUCCCAGAGUUCCGCGCGCUCUUUGAAAAAGAGCGGUGCGUCCGGAGCAACAUGGCGGCGGCGGCCGCCGAACAUCUUCUGGACGAGAGCUCUUCGGCUGAAGCAUUGGUUAGCCUGAAAGAGGGUGGUCUAUCAAGCCCAUGGAGCCGUCGAACUCCCCCCCGCAAGGGCCCCGCGCAGCGAGACAGCCCCUCCAAGGUACGCAAGAAGACGCGACUGCACUUCAGCGAAGAUGAGGAUUUCCUCCCGAGCACAAAGUCUCCGCGGAAGAACGCGCGCGUUGUCAUGAUCCCACAGAAGUUGUCCGCGGGUCUCACCACUCCAGACAAACGCAGCGCGCAGAAGGUCGGCAUCCGUCUCCGUAACCUCCUCAAGCUGCCCAAAGCCCACAAGUGGUGCAUCUACGAGUGGUUCUACUCCAACAUAGACAAGCCUCUCUUCGAGGGCGACAAUGACUUCUGCGUGUGCCUCAAGGAGUCGUUCCCUCAGCUGCGGACGAGACGCCUCUCCCGCGUCGAGUGGGGGAAGGUGCGGCGGCUCAUGGGCAAGCCACGGCGGUGUUCGGAGGCUUUCUUUGCAGAGGAGCGAACGGCCCUCCUCCAGAAGAGGCACAAGAUCCGGCAGCUGCAGCAGCAGAAGGUGACCGACCUGAGCGCCUUCAAGGAGCUGCCCGAGGAAAUCCCGCUCCCGCUUGUCAUCGGCACCAAAGUCACAGCGCGCCUGCGGGGCCAGCACGACGGGCUCUUCACGGGGCAGAUCGACGCGGUCGACACCAUCAAAGCCACCUACCGCGUCACCUUCGACCGCCCGGGCCUCGGCACGCACACCAUCCCCGACAUCGAAGUUGUCAGCAACGAGCCACAGGACAGCAUGCCCAUCUCGUCGUUUGCGCAAAAGCAGCGUCCCGUGAAAACCUUCAACAGCCCGCCACGCGUGCACUACAGCUCCAUGGUGCUGGCCUCCCCGCUCGCAGACCCGCUGCUGGGCCAAGUAGAGUGGAAAUCUCGCCUCGGGGCACCUGGGCCGGACAGCAAUAUCCUCGGCGGCUUCCCCAUCAACUUUCUCGUUCAAGUCACGCGGCUGUCCAAAAUCCUGAUGACGAAGAAAGAUUACAUCAAACAGCUCAAGGAGAUGAACACGGAGGGUGAGAAGCUGCGGUCGUAUUCGGAGCCAUUUGGGAUCGACUUCCAGAAGCGGUACGCUACCAUCGUGCUUGGCCUGGAGAACCUCAACAAGGACCUCAAUCACAUCCUGCUCAACGUGCAGCAGUACUGCUACCAGCUGGCCCCCCAGCAGGGCCUGCAGCCCAUGGACCAGCCGACGGAGAUGCGGCGCCAGUGCCUGGAGGAGGCGCAGGAGAUGGUGAGAGAUGUCGGCAGGUCGGGGGUGGGACGCGGCGGUGCCACGCCGACGAUUACGACGGGAGGGGGAGGAGCAGGGGACCGCGUGGCAUCCGGGGACGACACGGAGGGACUCAGGGAGCUGGUGGCACGGCUGUCGGCGCUUCUCCUGCAGAUCAAGAGGCUGGCAGAGAGUGACCUCAACUCGUUUGAGUUCAAGUCUCUGACUGACUCGCUGGACGAAAUCCGCAGCUCGCUGGAUCCUACCAACAUCAGUUGCUUUCAGAACAACGUGGAGAUCCACGUGGCGCACAUCCAGAGUGGCCUGAGCCAGAUGGGAAACCUGCACGCGUUCUCCUCCAACCACACCGAGGCAGGGUGGGAGAGGCCGUGACCACGGUUCUGCCCCGUGUCGCCAUUCAUCAAGCCUGGAGAUGAACGAAGAUACGAAUGAUCGGUUCAGCAGCGGUGUGAGAGGCAAUUUCGAAUGCAGGGCAUAUCUUGCGAAGAUGUAAAUUGGUAGUCUGACGGAUGAUAAAUGUGUGGUGAGAAUAGGUCAGCUCAGAGCCCAGGAUGACCCCCGGAUUGUGCACCUGUUUUCUAAAUUUCAGCUCGAGUUGAGUCAAUGAACAGUAGGUGGCUGUUUGCUUAUUUUAUGUGGCCUAUGAAGUGGGACAACUCUAUUUGCUCAGGUGAUUUGCCCAUUUUCUUGCUUUGAGAGUUGUUCAACUACAGAUACGCUGCCAUAAGUUUAUUUUGGGCAGUGUGAUGUUAUGUUCGUCGCACACAGGAGUAUUUUAUUUUACACGUGCAUUAACCGCAUCUUCGGUGGUUUGUGUGGAUAUGGCUAAACUUACUCGACAGUCGUGACCUUUAAAAUAUCUCUAGUUUUGCCAUGAAGUGCUCGGAGCUUCAUCAAGAAGCUCCCAGAAUGUGGUGCGAAACGUUGGACAUCAUGCUGAACAACAACACAAACAUCUCAAAAAUACAUCGUAGGGCUUAUCCAAACAAAAAGAUUGCAACGGACCUCAAUGAAUAUUUGCUGUUAUAAGUUGGCAGAGAGCAGUCUUUUAAAGACCCGCACACCGGUGCUGAAUUGAAAAGAGAUGACACCAUGAACCUGAAACAUGUGCUCUGAUGGAUAGCAGGUUAAUUACUGUGAAAGGCGCUAUAUAAAUAAUAUUGUUAUUUGUGCGAGUGUGUUAUGUGUGUGUGUGUACGAUCCUUUGUGUUCUGAGGGUGGUGGUGUUGAUAAUUCUCAACACUUAGAGAGGUCUGUGCGUUAUAGUAUAAUACUCCAGGAAGCGCUCUAAAGAAUGAGUUAUCUUUUUUUUGUUUUGCAAACAGAUUAUAUAUAAAAAAACUAAUAUUGAGUAUGUAUUUUUAAAACAAAACAAAUCAAUUUUAAAUGCCCUUUCGGAACGCUGUAAUUUUUAUUGUAUUGUCAAUUUCUUCUGUAGAAAGUUGUAGUGCUAUACUGUCUAAUGUCCCUCUAAAAUGUAUCUUCAUGACAGCAUAUAUAUAUUUAAAUGUGUAAAUAAAGCAUCAACUUGC